UCCACUUCACACACAGCACGCCACGCCCAAAAAGAAAGCCCAAGCCCUCAUCCCCACCGCAGCGCUUCCGGCGGCGGCGGCGGCCAUGGAGGCGGCCAUGGCGGAGUUCGAGUGCCUCGGGUCGCUCGGUCCCAUCACCGCUGUGACGAACGAGUUCCUGCGCGAGCAGACUCCGCACAACGAGAACGAGUAUGAAGAGCAAGUCCGCCGCCUGUACGACCCCGCCGCCUACGCCAUCCCCGUCCGCCCGCCCGUCUCCGCCGCCGCCAGCCUCUUCGCCCUGCCACCCGACGACGACGUCGACCGCGUCAGCCGCCUCCCCGAUGCGCUCCUCCGCGACGUCGUCUCCCGCCUCCCCGUCAAGGACGCCGCGCGCACCGCCGCGCUCUCCCACCGCUGGCGCGGGGUCUGGCGCUCCACGCCGCUCGUCCUCCACGACGUCGACCUCCUCCCCGACACCUCCGCCGUGUCCCGCGUCCUCGACGCGCAUCCGGGGCCCUUCCGCUGCGUCUACCUCACCAGCACCCUCGCGGAGGGCUUCCGUGGCCUGCUCGCGCGCUGGCUCCGGCUCCUCGCCGCCAAGGGCAUCCAGGAGCUCGUCCUCGUCAACGCCCGCUGGCCACUCGACUACGUUCUCCCCGCCAGCCUCCUGGGCCUGACCACCCUCACCCGCCUCUACCUCGGCAUGUGGAGGUUCCCCGACACGGCCGGCCUCCCGCGCGCCACCUGCUUCCGCAAUCUCCGUGACCUCGGCCUCUACAACGUGCUGGUGGAGAGAAGGGAUCUGGACUUCAUCCUCGACAGGAGCCCCGUGCUGGAGACGCUCUGUCUCCAGGGCAAUGUGCUCAAGCUCCGCAUCCGGCUCGUCAGCCAAAGCCUCCGGUGCGUGCAGAUCAUCGGGUGCUUCAUCGAAGAGAUCUUCGUGUUGGACGCCCCAAAUCUUGAGCGGUUCAUCUAUUCAGAUGCUUGGCACCCUGUUGGCAACUGCACCACCACGGUCAAGAUCGGCCAUGCCCCCAAGCUGCACUUGUUGGGAUACUUGGCGUUGGACCCAAGAAAGCAUGUCCUAGAUGUGGGCAACACCAUCAUCAAGGCUGGGAUAGGGAUGAGCCCAAGCACCAUGCUACAAGGUGUGAAAAUCCUGGCUUUGGAGGUGCGUUUCGCAGUCCGCAAUGAUGUCAAGAUGAUCCCCAAUGUCCUCAGAUGCUUUCCGAAUGUUGAGACGCUCCAUAUCAUGUCUGGAAAAGAUGAUCAAUCCACUGGCAAGCUCAACCUGAGGUUCUGGCACAAGUCAGGUACCAUAGAAUGCAUACGGUCGCGCAUCAAGCUGCUGGUUGUCCGGGAUUUCAAAGGGGGUCGAAGCGAGAUGGCCUUCCUCAAAUUCUUCUUUCAGAGUGCGUUGGUGCUGGAGGAGGUGGUGAUUCUGUUGCCCGAUGAUCCGACGGAUCGUAUGUGUCGCAAGGUGGUGUCCCUGAGGCACAUUGAACGGGCCAGUGAAGCGUCCGUACUGUGGGCAAGCCAGUCUGUUCCUGAAGGCUUCGUUCGGAGCAUCGAGAGAGCGUCUGAUUUCUCCCUCGGUGACCCUUUUGCCAACUACUGUCCCAUUGGGUUGCAAUCGCCUCGGCUAUCAUCAUGAGGAGUAAGUUUGCUCUGGAAGCUGUUAGUGUUCUGUUACUGCAGUGUGUGCACCAAGGGUAGACAGCCGUUAGAGAUGUGUUUUCAGUGUCAGCCGUUAGAGAUGUGUUUUCAGUGACUGAAGAUUCGCCCUGCCUCUUGUCCGUGUUUAGCCUGAUUAGCUUCAGUGUCGAAGUUAGCAGUAUAAUUGUUGAUGCACAUUCACGACUACCAUUUUGUCGCGACCAUUGUUCUGCUUGCUGGCAAUUACAGACCACCGUGUCUGCGUUUCAUGUAAUUUCAUUAGCUAGGCCGUGAUCUGGUGACGGUGGUGUUACAUUGCACGGUUUUGAUUAAAAGAUGUUUAUUGUGACAAUGGUGUUACAUUGCAUGGUUUUGGCUAAAAAAUGCCUGUUAUG